AUGCGACUAUGGCUGCAGGUCUUUGCACGGCGAAGAGCUGCCAUAAGCACUCCUUCUGCCCCAGCAUGGUCCGCGUCUAAUAAGUACCUCUACCACCGCUCAGUGCGGACCUUUACCACAUCUCCGGUGUGCGCCGCUGCCCCAGCUGCUCCCCCGACCGCACUCGAAAAGCGAAUUGCGGCCAUUCCCAUCGAUCGGUACCGCAACUUCUGCAUCGUCGCCCACGUCGACCAUGGCAAAAGUACCCUUAGCGACCGACUGCUGGAACUGACCGGCACGAUUGAAGCGGGCUCGAACAAGCAAGUUUUGGACAAGCUCGACGUGGAGAGAGAACGGGGAAUCACGGUCAAGGCACAGACAUGUUCAAUGAUCUAUAAUUACAAGGGCGAGGACUAUCUUCUGCACCUGGUAGAUACGCCUGGUCAUGUGGAUUUCCGAGCAGAGGUGUCCCGCAGCUACGCCAGCUGUGGUGGUGCCUUGUUGCUCGUCGAUGCCAGCCAGGGCAUCCAAGCUCAGACUGUAGCCAACUUCUACCUCGCCUUCUCUCAAGGCUUGACGUUGAUCCCUGUCAUCAACAAAGUCGAUCUCCCCCACGCCGAUGCUCCGAGGGCACUGGAACAAAUGCACGAUACGUUCGAGCUGGAUCCGGACACUGCGGUCCUGGUAUCUGCAAAGACUGGACUCAAUGUGGAGAGUGUCCUCCCAGCGGUCAUCGAGAGAAUACCUGCGCCGAUUGGCGAUCACACAAAGCCUCUACGCCUCUACCUUGUAGACUCGUGGUAUUCCAGCUAUAAAGGGGUGAUCCUGCUAGUACGCCUAUUCGACGGAGAACUUCGUGCAGGCGACCAGAUUGUGUCGUUUGCGACUGGCCUGAAAUACACCGUUGGAGAAGUGGGCAUCAUGUACCCGGAUCCAACGCCCCAGAAGGUCCUCCGGGCAGGACAGGUGGGAUAUGUCCACUUCAACCCUGCAAUGAGGAAGAGCAGUGAGGCCAAGGUCGGGGAUACAUACACCAAAGUUGGAUUUCAAAGGCAGGUCCAGCCGCUGCCAGGAUUUGAGGAACCUAAGCCGAUGGUCUUUGUGGCCGCGUUCCCUGUGGAUCAAGGCGACUUUGAGCAUCUCGAAGAUAGCAUCAACCAACUUCUCCUGAACGACCGCAGCGUGACUGUACAGAAAGAGUCUUCUGAGGCGCUGGGGGCGGGUUUUCGACUUGGGUUCCUAGGUACACUGCACUGUUCUGUGUUCGAGGACCGACUACGACAAGAACAUGGGGCGAGCAUUAUCAUCACUCCGCCCACGGUUCCUUUUAAGGUCAUCUACAAGGAUGGUAAGGAAGUCGUGGUGACCAACCCAGCCGAGUUUCCCGAUAGUGAGGAGACACGGCGAAAUGUGGCGGAACUGCGUGAGCCAUACGUGCUGGCGACCCUGACGUUUCCCGACGAAUAUCUUGGUAAAGUGAUGGAGCUGUGCGAGAACAACCGCGGCGAGCAGAAAUCGAUGGAAUACUUCACAUCGUCGCAAGUCAUUCUUCGAUACGAGAUGCCGCUGGCACAGCUGGUCGACGACUUCUUUGGCAAACUGAAAUCAUCUACCAAGGGCUACGCAACGCUCGACUACGAGGAGGCCGACUGGCGCAUUAGCAAUAUCGUCAAGCUGCAGCUUCUGGUGAAUAAAGUGCCCGUGGACGCGAUUUCGCGGGUGCUCCAUCAUUCGCAGGUCCGGCACGUGGGCAAGCACUGGGUCGAGAAGUUCAAGGAACAUGUCGAUAGGCAGAUGUUUGAAGUGGUCAUCCAGGCCGCCGUCGGCAAGCAUGUGGUGGCGCGAGAAACGAUCAAGCCUUUCCGCAAGGACGUCACGGCGAAGUUGCACGCUGCCGAUGUGUCGAGACGCAGGAAACUGCUGGAAAAGCAGAAGGAAGGCCGCAAGAAACUGAAGGCCGUCGGGAACGUGGUCAUCGAGCACAGCGCUUUCCAGGCAUUCCUGGCAAAGUGA